UUCACCGUGUCUUCAUCCAAAUGCUACACACUCAUCUUCAACUUCAUCACCAUGUCCUCUUCCUUUCUCCACACUCCAUUGCAUCACCAUUUCCCUUCCCUUCUAAACCCAAGAACUUUCGCUCUUCAAGAUUCCCCCCAAUUACCAUUGCAAAAGGUUCUUCUGCUCUCAGGUUCCGCAAUUGUAGCCGGAGCAUAAAAAACACAGCGGAUAAUGGCGGAGUGAACGAAACUGAGCUUAAAUAUCAACCGGUUAAUAGGGCGUACCCUUUCCAUGAAAUCGAGCCAAAGUGGCAGCGUUUUUGGGAACACAAUCGCACUUUCCGAACCCCAGACGAUGAUAUCGACACGUCGAAACCUAAAUUCUACGUUCUUGACAUGUUCCCUUACCCAAGUGGAGCUGGGCUUCAUGUUGGUCAUCCACUUGGAUAUACUGCCACAGACAUUCUUGCUAGAUUUAAACGCAUGCAGGGAUAUAAUGUGUUGCAUCCAAUGGGGUGGGAUGCUUUUGGAUUGCCAGCAGAACAAUACGCUAUUGAGACAGGAACUCACCCGAAGGUAACUACGGUGAGGAAUAUCAAUCGCUUUCGCACUCAGUUAAAAUCAUUAGGAUUCUCAUAUGACUGGGAUCGUGAAAUCUCUACCAUAGAACCUGAAUAUUACAAAUGGACUCAAUGGAUCUUUCUACAACUUCUAAAAAGAGGAUUAGCAUAUCAGGCUGAAGUUCCAGUUAAUUGGUGCCCUGCCCUUGGCACUGUGUUGGCUAAUGAGGAGGUGAUUGAUGGUGUCAGUGAACGGGGUGGUCAUCUUGUAAUAAGGAAGCCAAUGAGGCAAUGGAUGCUCAAGAUUACUGCAUAUGCUGACCGUCUUCUUGAGGAUUUAAAUGACCUUGACUGGCCUGAAAGUGUAAAAGAAAUGCAGAGAAAUUGGAUAGGGAGGUCAGAAGGGGCUGAGAUGGAAUUUUGCAUUCUCGAUAAUGAUGGGAAGGAGAGAGACAUAAAAAUUGUUGUGUAUACUACAAGGCCCGAUACAAUCUUUGGUGCAACCUACUUAGUUGUGGCACCGGAGCAUUACUUGCUGCCAUCAUUGGUUUCCACAGCCCAGAGCAAACAUGUGGAGGAUUAUGUAGACCUUGCCUCAAGGAAGAGUGACCUUGAGAGAACUGAACUUCAGAAGGAAAAGACUGGGGUCUUCACUGGCUGUUAUGCAAAAAAUCCUGCAAAUGGGGAAUCCAUUCCAAUAUGGGUAGCAGAUUAUGUUUUGGGGAGUCAUGGAACAGGAGCAAUCAUGGCCGUGCCUGCACAUGAUUCUCGUGAUUAUGAAUUUGCUUUGAAAUAUGAUGUUCCAGUUCACUGGGUUGUGAUGCCAGACGAUAAAAGUAUUGGGUCUGGAAAGGCUUUUCCAGGUGAAGGCAUUAUUUUAAAUUCAUCAAAUACACUGGUGGGGCUUGACAUUAAUGGCUUGUCUAGCAAAGAAGCUGCUCUAAAAGUCAUUGAGUGGGCAGAGAAAAGUGGGAAUGGAAAGAGAAAGGUGAACUACAAGCUAAGGGACUGGCUUUUUGCUCGGCAACGUUACUGGGGUGAACCUAUCCCUGUCAUCUUGUUGGAUGACAGUGGUGAGACUGUCCCACUGCAUGAGACUGAACUGCCCCUUAUUCUACCUGACUUGGAUGAUUUUUCUCCCACUGGAACAGGGGAGCCUCCUCUGUCUAAGGCAGUUUCUUGGGUGAAGACCACAGAUAACUUAUCUGGAAGACCAGCUACUCGGGAAACAAAUACCAUGCCCCAGUGGGCUGGUUCAUGCUGGUACUAUUUGAGAUUUAUGGACCCACAUAAUUCCAAAGAAUUGGUUGAUAAGACAAAAGAAAGGUAUUGGGGCCCUGUUGAUGUGUAUGUUGGCGGUGCGGAGCAUGCAGUUCUCCAUUUACUCUAUGCUAGAUUCUGGCACAAGGUCCUCUUCGACAUUGGUGUUGUGUCCACCAAAGAGCCCUUCCAAUGUGUGAUAAACCAGGGGAUUAUUCUUGGAGAGGUUCAAUAUAUGGCUUGUAGGGAUCAAGAUGGAAAUCUGAUUUCUGCUAAUUCCACUGAAAUGUUGAAUGAACAUAACCUUGAAAAAAUUCCCCAGGAAAAGGUCAUGAAAUCUGGGGAUUCUUUUGUCCUGAAAGAAAAUCCUGACAUACGUUUAUUUGCCCGUGCUCACAAAAUGAGUAAAAGUAGGGGCAAUGUUGUUAAUCCAGAUGAUGUUGUUUCUGAGUAUGGUGCGGAUUCUCUUCGAUUAUAUGAAAUGUUCAUGGGACCAUUGAGAGACUCAAAAUCAUGGAGUACUAGUGGCAUUGAAGGUGUACAUCGGUUUUUAGGAAGAACUUGGAGGCUGAUUGUUGGUUCACCUUUGUCAGAUGGCACAUUUAAGGAUAGAACUGUAUCAGUGGAUGAGGAGCCUACUAUAGAACAACUUCGUUGUCUUCAUAAAUGCAUUGCUAAGUAUUCAGGUAACAGAGGAAAUUGAGGGCACGCGGUUCAACACUGGAAUUUCUGCAAUGAUGGAGUUCCUUAAUGCUGCAUAUAAGGUAUUUUUUUGUGCUUAGUUUUUCUAGGUCUGUUUAUAAAAAAAAACAAGUGUUCCCAGGCAGUAGUAUCCAUUAGGGUCUUAAUUUUGGCUUUUACAUAGGUUCCUGAAACAGGGAAGCUAGUGCCUAGAAGGUCUAGUCUGGGGGCUAAGUCAUUUUGUAGAUUAUGAUGAAGUAAAAACUUUGGAUCUUAUUGAUAUGUUUGGCUGCCUGGAGUAAUAAGCAAAAUGAAGACAAGCUUCUGCAUAUCAGUGCCGUUUUUAUUGUACACGACAUGCCUUUAUGAAGUGUAUGUUGUUCUUAGUAAAGAAAAUGCCAAAAUGUUCCUUUUGCUUUGUCCCUCUGUUUCUCAUUUUCCGUUUCUUAUUAAUAAGCAGUGAAUUCCCCACUUCCUGUUACAGACAAUCAGUUUGAUCUCUAUAAUUUUCUUGCAUGUAUUUUCAGUGGGAUAAACAUCCAAGGUCAGUUAUUGAGGCAUUUGUUUUGCUGCUUUCACCAUACGCACCACACAUGGCUGAGGAGCUAUGGUCUCGGCUGGGGCACACAAAAUCAUUAGCAUACGAGCCUUUUCCUAAGGUAGGAAUUUGGGUCAAUAUCAAAUCAUUCGUAGUCUCAUGGCUUAUCAAGUUCUGUGUUCACUAAUUUUCAAUUUCUUUUGUUGAUAACAUACUAUCUCCAAUAACCUGAAGCAGACAUUUCACACUCUUGUAAUGUUCUGUAGUUUACUUUCGAUGAUUACUUGAAGUAUAAAUUUUGGGCUUUUAUACCUUACAAGAGUAUAACUUUUAAAUUAUUUACCUCAGUGGUACAGGUUUACAUUAACAAAGAACAAAUUAUGGCUUAGUUUUAGUGGCACAACUUUCAGCAAAUCAUAACACAGCCCCUACUCAUAACAAGUGAUUUUUAUUUUAUCUUUUUGGUUUUUUAAUGAUAUUUAAAGUAAUGAAAUAUAUGAUUUGCAUCAAUCAUUUCUCUAAGGAAUAACUUUAAUGGCAUUGUAUAUAACAUUUUGAAACUUCUAGCUUAUAAUUUUAGGAAAAUAUUAAGCUUAUUUUAUUAAAAAAAAUGCUUUAAAUUUUUAGUUAUAGUUGAUAUUAGUUAAAAUUAAGGAAAUGGAAUAAAUAUAAAACAUUUAUCUGCCAAAAAUUUUCAAAAAUAUAGUUGGGGUAUAGAUUCUUCUAUUUAUUAAUUAUGAAAGGAAAGGAUGGAUUUCAAUGAGAGGAUCCUGAUCUGAUUGAAUAACUUGCUAUUAGAGUUGAUUGUGUGCUCGGACUUACUACAAGCAGUGCCAUCAAGCUAGAUUUACUCCUACUAACUUCCAAGCUUGUACUUGUGCAGUAAAUAAUUAAAAAAUUACACAAAAGUGGGAAAAUAAUAAUUAAAAAAUUACACAAAAGUGGGAAAUAUUUUCCCACUUUAACAUUUGUAUGGUAGAAAAGCCAGUACUUCAUUCCUUUAUAAUGUUCUCAACAUUUCAUGAUAAACUAAUGCUCUUUAGUCCCAAGUUUACUUUAGAUUUGUUUCAUAGAACUAAAAUGGUGAAAUCUAAGUCAUUUACACCGACUACUAUUUAAAUACCUGGACUGUAGUCAGACGAAGAUCCAUGACUUUAAUACUUAACUGGAACAAAAACUUUGGAUUCUCACAAGUAGAUGUUUUACAGGUAUUAUACACUAAACUGUAUUAUGCUUGUGAUAUGUUGUAAUUGCAGGCAAAUCCUGCUUACCUGAAGGAUUCCAGGAUAGUCCUUCCAGUUCAGAUUAAUGGCAAGACAAGAGGUACCAUUCAGGUUGAAGAAACUUGUACAGAGGAGGAUGCUUUUGUAUUAGCAUCUAGGGAUGAAAAGCUAUCCAAGUUUUUGCAGGGUCAAUCUGUCAAAAAAAGAAUUUAUGUUCCGGGCAAGAUCUUGAAUGUUGUUUUGGACCGCAAAAAUAUUAAGGUUGGUGUACAGUAGCUUCUUUCAUACUGUGUACAUUUCUAAUGGAAGCAACACUCGGCCUUUGAAUUUUCGUUGUGCACUGGUCAACUUGGUAAUUGUUAUGCAUCCGCUCCAAAACCAAGCUCAUCUAAAGAAGGUAGACUGUUAAUUUAUGUCCAGCUUUAAGAGGUGCAUAAUUUAGGAGGAAGGUCAGCGGGAGUUUCCAGCUUGCUUUGACCAUUUCUUGCUCUACAUGCUUAACCAAUUUAUUUUAAACAUCAUGGCAAACACAGGGUAUCUUGGCACCUGUAAAGUUGUGUUGUACUUAAUGCUGUCUGGUAAUGGACCGUCGUCUUCUUGAUAUUAAUUUCAUUGUAUCAUUUUAUAUGAUAAUGGUUUGGAAUAUUGGUAAAUGCAAAUUAAU